UUACACUGACUGUGCAUUAAAAAGUCGUGUAACAACGAGUUAGUCGUGUUACGUCAGUACAGUGGCAACAGGUUGCAACUUGUUUUCUUUUUGUUGCUUUACAACUUGGCUUGACCGCAUGUUGUUUUGUUGUUGACAAUGGCAAAAUACCGGAAAAUGUAACGAAAUAAACGUGAGAACGAGUUCUUCACGUGGUUGCUAACGGUGACUGUACUGUUGGAAGGUGUCAAGACGCAAACAAGCUGAAGUGUUGCAGGGCGCCGCAAGCCAAGGCCAAAGGUGCCUCGGUCAUGUUGGUGAGAUAAGUUUACAGCAAACGCCAGGACUGGUGGAGGCGAAUCAUGGCAUUGAAUCGUCAUCUGUUGUUAGCACUCCUCAUUAUGCUGCUCUCCCCACGUCAAACAGUCUGCAAGCUUGAAAACAAAGAUGGAAUGCCCUUGAGCAGAUACAUACACCAUUUUGAGCCCCUGAAUUACGAUGUGGGUCCUCUUGAUGCUCAACACAACAGUCAACCAAGAAACCACAUGGGCCAGUUAUAUAAUGACAGUUCCAUCACCUGGAAACUUACUGCCUUUGGAAGAUCAUUCCACUUGCAGCUGUCUCCUUACUCUAACGUUGUCAGUCCGGGGGCUCAGCUAAAUGUGGUCAGUGCUCUAGGUGUCAACACUACUGACAUGGUCUCCCAGCUGUAUAGAGGAGUUGUCAUUGGAGACGAGCGUUCCUCAGUGUAUGGACACAUCAUCAACGGCACAUUUGAUGGAAUCAUCAAGACUGAUUAUGAGACUUUCCACAUUGAGCCGUCCUUCCGUUACUUCAGCUCACCCAGGCCCGGCUUCCGUUCGGUCAUCUACCGAGCCCGGGACAUUCACUUGGAGGACCAACCCAUCACAAACCGGUCUGCCACCUGUCAGCUAUGUAGCUUGUCCUGGGAUGGCGCCAAGCUCAUAUCCCCAAAAAUGUACACCUUGCGCGGAAACAAAGACCCAGACAAAAGGAAGGACAUCUUUCCCCACAUUUCAUUGUCUGAGGGUGUAGGAAAGAGAAAGCUGCCCACUGCACCAUCCAACAGUCAAUCUCAUGAAAACAUUCUCCUGGCCAAGCAGAGUUUCUCAGAUUCUGAUUGGCUACAGAUGUCGCCAGACGAGGCAUUGCGUCAGAGUGAGGGCAGGACUCCUCGAGAUGCAGUGCACCUGGAAGGAAAUCACACCAGCGGCUGGCAUGAGUGGCUGACCACCUACGACCGCCCGUCCAAGACCUGCAUGCUCCACGUUGUCGUGGAUCACACUUUCUUUGAGCAUGUGGCAGGUGGGGACGUGUCAUUAGCAGCAGCCGAGGUGGCAUUCCACAUCACAGAGGCUGACUCUGUCUACCGGGCCACAGAUUUUGAUGGAGACGGCCGUGCGGACAAUGUUGGUCUUGCCAUCGGUGGGAUGACCAUCUUUGAGUCUGUGGAUGCACAGAACUACCUUGUCUCCGGCGACUACCCAGACGCAGAGGAAUUCCUGACAGAUGUCUCGCUCUACAACUUCAGCGCGUACUGCAUGGGGCUAGCCUUCACGUACCGGGACUUCGCCGGAGGCAUCCUGGGUUUGGCAUGGAUGGGGUAUCCCGGUUUCAGUGAACCCCCAGGAGGGAUCUGCCAAAGUCAGAUUACCUACAGGAACGACGGUCAUCCCAGCAGUCUGAACACUGCCAUGGUGACAUUAGUCAACUAUGACACAUAUGUGCCACGCAGUGUCAGUGUGACUUCAGUCAUGCAUGAGCUGGGACACGGAUUUGGAAGUCCACAUGAUCCCCGGACACGGAGCUGUUCGCCAGCAGGACCUCAAGGCAACUACAUUAUGUCCUCCCAGGCGACUGAUGGCAAUCAACCCAACAACAUCCGCUUCUCCACCUGCUCCCGUGGCCCGAUGGCGGCGGUGAUUGCCACCAAGGGAGCUCUCUGCUUGCAAGCCGACUCCGGCCCGCAUUGCGGCAACGGUUUGGUGGAACAAGGGGAGGAAUGUGACUGCGGCACAGCCCUGCUGUGCCAUCUGGCCGACAGGUGUUGCACCCCAAAGGGUGGGGCGGGGAGCGACGCCGAGUGCACCUUCAGGCGGCAGCUGGGAAGGGUCUGCAGUCCAGUAACAUCUCCUUGCUGCGACGACGAUUGCCGUUUGAUUCCAGCAUCAUGGCACAAGCACUGCUUUGAAGAUGAUGAAUGCCUCGCCGUGUCAUUCUGCAAUGGCUCCAGUGCAGACUGUCCACCGCCGGUGCCUAGCCCUAAUGGUACCCCGUGCCAAGACGGUGCCAAGAGGUGUCUGGACGGCCAGUGUUCUCUCACUGCCUGCUCCGCAGUUGGCCUCCCGGAAUGCUUCUGCUCCGACGUCAACAGCACUGGGCAGAGCUGCCAGCUGUGCUGCCAACAUGAAGGUGACUGCAUACCAGCUGUGGAGUUUGGCUUGACAACAUUGACGGGGGAUGUCAUCCUAAAGCAGCCGGGGAGUUCCUGUGACAAUUACACAGGUUACUGUGAUCUGCAAGGCUUGUGCGUAACCACAGAUAGCGACUCCGCGCUGAAUAAACUCAAGAAUUUCUUCAAGGAGGGCAGAGGACCCAUCCACUGGACGAAUACCCACUGGUACUACAUUGCCUGUGCAGUUCUCAGCUUUUGCUUCUCGUGUCUCAUGGCCAAGCUCUCCUACGACAAUCGCCGUUACCUGCAGAACGCAUUGCUGAGGAUGCGCCAUCCCAGGUCCACUUUGGAACCGGCCGGAGCCCACCAAGGGACAGGAGGGGCCGAGGGGGGUCACGGUGUGUCAUUGGUCGCCCCUGCCUCCCACGCGACGACAGCCGGGCUACAGUUCCUGUUGGAAUCGGCAAAGCCAGCCUCACCAACCAGUACCCAGUUUUAGAGAUCAACUGUGUGCAUGCAGCUUCCCCAGGUGCAAGUUCCUUUCAACAUGUUGCUUGUUAGGAUCAUUGUCCUUUUUUUUACCUGCUGUCCACUUUUCAUUCAAGUGCCUUCCCUGCCAUCACCCUUGCAAGGUAAAGAGUAUAUUACAUCAGACACAUGACCUCAAUUUGAUUUCUUUAUUCUCAUCUCAUGUUCGUGUGUGUUUCUGCCAUCAUGAAAAAAGUGCCACAAGUGUAAUUUUAAUCCUUGAUUUAUACUGAAACAGGUAAAGAUUACUCAAUCAAAACCAAAUUCACAAAAGUGUGAUAGAUUCUCUUGACAUUGUCAGCUGCAAUAGUGAAACUACACACUUUUCAGUACUGAAUUUCCUGUCUGCUUUUAUAAACAUUUUUUGAUAUCCUGAUUACUUUUCUUCUUGAAUCAUCAAAUCAUGUUCUAUGCAAAGCUUUAAAACAUGUACCAUCACGUUCAUUUAUGUGUUUAUCAUUAAACCCUUUGUGAUUGUAAAUGCAUUUUGAUUUUAAACUAAAUUCUUUUAAGCAUGGUAUUUCAGUGUUUUAUUACAGUUUUAAAACUGUUGCUUACGUGCCAAACAUGAUUAAACCAAAGAAGAGAUCAGUGUGGUAAAUUUCUUGGGUUAAACAUUUUUUGUGGGCAUUUGCAAUAAAGAACAUUCAGCGUUUCUAUACGGCCCACAA